GGGGGUCCAACACGCAUGCGUGCAGUGAGGAGCGGCGUUGAGGCUUCCACACAUGAAGAAGCAGGGGAUGCCGGGCUCCGGGGCGUCCACUGACCGGCUCACUAAACCCAGCUGUCUGAUCGUGUGCAGCGCUGUGAGCGGAGGUGUUUCAGCGCAGUCCUUUCUUCAGACAUUCACUGUAGCAAGCUCAGCGUUCAAUCUUCAAGUGGCCUCUCCUGGGGGAAAGGCACUGGAUUUUUUGGGAAUCAAUGAAUCGGACACAAGAUGGUUCCAGGAGUUUCAGUUGAAGCCGUAUGCCAACCCAGCAAAACUGGAAUCUAUAGAUGGUUCUCGUUAUCAUGCACUGUUAAUCCCACAUUGCCCCGGGGCUAUGACUGACUUGGCAAACAGUGGCUAUCUGGCUAGAAUUUUGCAGCACUUUAAAGCAGAGAAGAAACCCGUCUGUGCCGUUGGUCAUGGUGUGACUGCCUUGUGUUGUGCUGUCGCUGAGGAUAAAUCUUGGAUAUUUCAAGACUACAGUCUUACUGGGCCUUCUGUAUAUGAGCUGGUCCGUCAGCCUGACUAUGGCAGCCUGCCUCUUAUCCUAGAAGACUUUGCUAAAGAUGCUGGAGCAACAUUUAGCGCAAGCGAGCCAGAUGCUGUUCAUGUUGUUCUGGACAGACAUCUGAUAACGGGACAGAAUGAUGACUCCACAAUGGCUGCUGUUCAGAAUUUGAUCUUGCUCUGCAAUGGAAGGAAAUGAGGUUGCGGCAGAGAAUUCAUAAUUAUUUGAACCCAAGUGAACAAUCAGUGGGAAGAACUGAAGUCUGAUGUGAUGUAACGAGCAGCAUCAUAGAGAGAUACAAACCAUUCCAUUGUUGCAGCAUUGUGCUCAUGGACCCACAGAAGGGAGGCAUCUGGAUCACUGCAGGAAUGAGCUGUACUGUGGACUGUAAAUCUAUUCAGCCUCAUACUGUGAUUGCACAGAAGUGUUCUGACUACUAUUCUAAUGUACAGCACCAAUUUACUGCAAUGAAGGUGUGACCUGUAGCCACCAAUAAUCUUUGUUUUUCAUUAUUGGAGUGCUGAGGAUAAAAGCUUGAUUCUCUGCUAUGGGCAAACGCCUUUUACUUUUUUGGUCUGUACUCCCUUUUUUUUUUUUAUAUGAGCCAGCGACUCUUGUCUUUGACAUUUCAUUGGCGUCACCAAAGUGGUAAAAAGUCCUCAUUUCACUACCCUUAAAUUGACGUCAGCACACUGGAGUAGAUUUAUUAAAGGAAAAUAGACUGUGCACUUUGGAAGUGCCAUAAUUUUCCCCAGAGCUUAGUAAAUGUGGUAAAGCUCUGCUGAUUUGCAUCAUCCAAUCAUGUGCAAGCAAAGUGCUGUUAGUUUUUUUUGCACUUGUUGGGGUAUUCUUCACAAAGUAAAGCUUCAUCUCAUUUACUAAGCUCUGGAGAAAAUUAAUACAACAACACUUGAAAAGUGCAUAGUCAGUUUUCCUUUAGUAAAUCCCCAUUGACUCUUUUAUAACACUUCCUCCUAUUUUCAAUGCAGUUGUUGUUGUGUAUAUUUAAAACAUUUCAAUAAAUACACUCAUAAAAUUGUGACUCCCAAA